GUUGUAUUAGAGGCGUUGUUAACAAGUUGAUGAGGCUUGAGAGGAGGGCUGGUGAGGGGGAGCCAGCAGACGGCAGCUGACAGUGACGGUGGACGGUGCUGCGCUCCUCCUCCUCCUCCUCUACUGUGACUACCUCUACAGCAGCCAUCAUGACUCUCGAGGAGAAUUUCAAGGAAGCUGCUGAUAAGGUGAAGAAGCUCAAGACUCAACCGAAUGAUGACGAACUGAAAGAGUUGUACGGCUUUUACAAGCAGUCAACAGUAGGUGAUAUUGACACAGAGAGACCUGGCAUGCUUGACUUCAAAGGCAAGGCUAAGUGGGAUGCUUGGAACUCCAAAAAAGGCAUGAGUAAGGAGGCUGCAAUGGAAGCAUAUAUUGCCAAGGCUGAUGAACUCAUUAGCAAAUAUGGUUUAGAGUAAUUUUCUCAUUUGGCUGUGAUCAAGUUUAUAUUCUCUUUUUUUUUUUUUUUUUGUAUUUAGAAGUAAAUAUUGUGAAAAGCAUAUAAUUGAAUGCUUUUGAGUAUAAUUCUGUUUUUGUUAUGCUAAGUUAACUGAGCUGAAUUCAGCAUUUUCAUGAUAAAGUAUUAAAUAAAACAUUCAAAUUAUUAUUUAGUUUGAUAAAGAUACCAAGAAAUAUGAGUACUGUAUAGUACAAAAAAAUUUAAAUGCCAACCAUUUUCAGAAUUUUUUAAUUUAGUGGUUAAACACAAUUGUUCCAGGCCUGAAAUACAGCUAUAAUCAAAAUUCUGUAAUUUGAAAAAAAAAAUAAAAAAAAAAAUUUACACUGAUUA